AUGGCACUCUCCACAGGAGUUAAAGUUUCCCAUAAUUCGCUCUUGUUGGAAGAACUUGGAAAAGGACAAAAAGGAGUACAUUAUGGCAUGGUUAGCUGGGGACUUGGAGGUGAUGAAGAUACGACAGGCAUGAUUCUUGGGCCACCAAGGACAAAUUAUGAAAACAGAAUAUGUAGCCUGAAAGUAGAAUGUGGACCUAAAUCCCCAGAAGCUCCUCCAUCAGUUAGAUUUGUAACAAAAGUUAAUAAGAAUGGAAUAAAUAAUUCCAGUGGAAUGUUGGAUGCACAGAGCAUACCAGUGUUAGCAAAAUGGCAAACAUAUAGCAUUAAAGUUGUAUUUCAAUAGCUAAGACAUCUAAUAAUGUCCAAUGAAAAUAUGAAGCUUCCACAGCCACCAGAAGGACAAAUGUAUAACAAUUAA